AUGAGCGACGGCUUCUCAGGUGCCUCUGAAGGAUGGCCUGACCUCCCAGUCCGCUACACUCCCAUCGAAGAGGUGGUGCAAAAGCUUGAAAGGACACUGCGCCAUAGCGUCGAACAGCAACGAGACGGUGGGCAAGAAGAGCAAGGAGUCAGACGCUUUCGGAUGCUCAAUGGUGGACUGACCAAUCGGGCAUGCCUUCUUACCCUCUCGAGAGCAAGACUGGUCGUGCGGCUGUUGGAUCCUACAUCUGCCGAGUUGCUCAGCAUCAACCGGCACGAUGAGGUGUCCGCAAGUCGACACGCUGCUACACUCGGAAUUUCGCCCGAGCUCCUUCUUUUCAUCGCGCCCAGCCCAGCAAGCUUCACAAACUCGGAUGACGCCGAGCAUGUCCUUGCUGAAAGUCAGCUGGGACAUUCAGGAUCAGCACCAAAAGGCUUGCGAACUGGUGGAGCGAUGGUCCUUCGACACGUAGACGGCUCAACACUGGCAAAUCAAGAUGUGCAAGAUCUGUGCAGUGGGCAGCGCACAUCGGAUCUGAUGGCCUUUGUAGAGCCUAUUGCUCGUUUGCAUCUCAGUCGAGCAGGAGCUUUGGAAUCUCCUAGCUUCUGCAACGAGUUCGUGCCUCGUGAUGCUCGAGUCAGGUAUCUUCGCACGCUGCACAAGGUGGGAGGAGAGACACCGCCGGGGUACCUGGUGAGUGUGUCGUUCCAAAUGCUUCCAGCUUUCGUUGGUCACUUGCGUCGAGGGAGAGGAAGCAGACAUCGAUCUGAAGCUUUGCGUGCGAUUCAACAGGAGUUGCUGCCAAAAUUGAAAGUAAUCGAAGACGCGUUGGAGUUUGCGGAAGACAAGUGUCCUUGUCACAACGAUCUCUUAGCGGCCAAUUUCAUUCGGGCGCAGUCGGAGACUGCUUCAAGGAUAGGCGUUGCUUCCUCAGGCGGCAUUCGCUGUGCUAGUAGCCGUGCGACGUACUCCAUCAUCGAUUGGGAGCUAUCAGGUCUGGGUUGGCCUUCCUUCGAGCUCGGUAACCUCGCAUCCGAAUGCGAGCUCAAUCUGGAGCAGACUCGGCAUCUCGUCGACGCCUACUGGCAAGCGGUAGAAGCUGAGCGCGCUGACUCGUCCAGCUCGACAGCGCCGAAGCAGGAAAGCUUACGACAGCAAUCCCGACUUGCUCGUGCUCGCUUGUGGGGCAUAUCUGCCAAGCUCACUUGGGUCGCGUGGGGUUGUCUCAUGCGUCUUCGACCCGCUCUUGAGCACCAGGACGGUCGAAUGAAGGAGCACGAGAAGGACGAGAAUUUGGAAGAGUGGAUCGAGAUCCGUUUUCAGGCAGCUCGUGAAUUCCUCAAGGAUCACGAAGACGAGGUGCAGAGACUGUGUCGACAGGUCAAAGAACAACCGCAGGCAGAGCCUCAGAACGUGACGUAUCUCAAAACCGACUCAAGCUAA